AUGCCACUCUUCUGCCACGGUCCUUGCCUGAAGAAUUGUGGCGGUGGAGGAUUUUCUGCUUCCAACGAUCCCAACCCUUUGCCAAAUGCUGAACCAGGGCUAAGCGGAGAUCCAGACGAAGAUGAUGAUGACUGUACCGAGACUUCCACCGUUACCGAUGAAUGGGUGUCUUGCAAGACUAUUGACUCGACAGCCACCUCAUGCACCACUAUAAGCUAUCACGUCCACACCGGGUACGGGGCGACUCCAUCGGCCACGACCACUGGGGUGGACGCCUACUAUUCUGUGGACCCGUAUGAGGACCAAGGAGAAGACGGUGGAGCAUCUUCUAGCUACGUCACAACGACCGAUGAUCGUAGGAUCACCACCACUCCUCAUGAAGUGCCAAGCACUACUACUCAAAAGCCGGAGCAGAUAUAUACCGUUGAUGGAGGUGUCCUUAAAUGCAUGUCAGACACCAAUGACUUCAAGUAG